UUUAAGAACCUCCUACAUGGUAUGUACUUGCAAUUUGUAAACACAGCAUGUCAAAGAAUGAUUUGAUUCAGUAGUGAGGCAGCCAGAUAUUUGCAUGUCAUGAGGUCUAAGGGAAACAAACUGACCCUCAGCCUUCCCCCACCCCUGCAAAUUCUGAUGGGACCCUCAAAUAGCUCUGGCAAAGUGUUCUGUUUCUUUUGGACUUGAUGAAUGCUUGUUUCUGUGAAGACGUGUAAUUAUUUCUUCCUUUAUUUUGCUGUGCAAGUUACCAAGAGAAGCAGCUUAAACUAAAUAUUUGCCAGUAGUCAGAAAGGAAUGAGCUCCAUAAUGACACAGGAGAAAACUCUGGCUGUACCAGACUAUGUGAAAACCUGUAAAAAAUAGCACGUGGAGGGCCCCAGCAGGAUGACCAGCAGCCACACAGACUGUCAUUUCUGCCUGCAGUCUCUCCGUGGCAGGAAAUAUGCACUGAGAGAAGAAAAUGCUUACUGUGUUCCGUGCUAUGACAGCCUGUACGCCAACCCCUGCGAAGAGUGCAAGCAACCCAUUGAGUGCAACUCCAAGGAUCUGGCCUACAAAGGCCGCCACUGGCAUGAGGGGUGCUUCAGGUGUGCCAAGUGCAGUCGCUCACUUGUGGAGAAACCAUUUGCUGCCAAGGACGAGGUCUUGCUGUGUACUGAGUGCUACUCUGAUGAGUACUCAUCCAAGUGCUUUCACUGCCAGAAGACCAUUAUGCCUGGGUCACGUAAAAUGGAAUUCAAGGGAAGUUCCUGGCAUGAAUCCUGUUUUGUGUGCCAGUAUUGUCGGCAACCAUUGGGAACAAAACCAUUAAUCACCAAAGACAAUGAGAAUUACUGUGUGCCCUGUUUUGAGAAGCAAUUUGCUCACCAUUGCUACGCUUGCAAAAAGGUUAUAACUUCUGGAGGAGUGACCUAUGAUGACCAGCCUUGGCAUAAAGAAUGCUUUGUGUGUGCUGUGUGUAAAACUCAGCUGUCUAGCCAAAGAUUCAUUUCCAAAGAUGAGUACCCAUACUGUGUAGACUGUUUCAGCAAAUUUUGUGCCAAGAAGUGUGCUGCUUGCAAGAAACCUAUUACAGCUCUCGGAGGUGCCAAAUACAUCUCAUUUGAGGAGCGUCAGUGGCACGGGGAAUGCUUUACCUGCUCCAAAUGCUCUGUCUCCCUGGUGGGCCAGGAGUUCCUCACUCAGCAGGGUGACAUCCUUUGCCACAAAUGUGGCUCUGCUUCGUAGUCCUGUGGAAAGAUGUACAACUGCAUUAUUCUCACUCUGUAGCAGUGUAGUUCAUUGGUCUGCUGUAAGAAAACCAGAUCAAAGUUACUACAGUUAUUCAGUCAUUCAAGUAACUUUCCAACAGCAGUUUAACUUUGUCAUAGUUCUCAACUCCUUAUAAACAAAAAUUAAACAACUGCCCCAUAAACUGCCCCAUGGUCAAUAAAAUGAUGCAGAAAAGAUUUGUAUGUAUUUUAAGCCUAUCUCCAGUAUGUUUUGCUUGUAACACACUGCACUCUGCUGUUAGAAGCUUAAAAAUUUGUCUUUUAUCAUGUCUAAACCAAGGGGGACUGUGAAAAUCUGCUUGGUAUAUGAAUAAUGAUGAGUCAUUAGUACUGAUUCACAAAUGCAGAUCUUGGCAUGGGUAGCUGGGCACAAGCAUUUUUGUAUUGGAUCAUAACAUUGAAGAGAACACCUUGUAAGUAUUAUAUUCUUCCAUACUUUGUGCAAAAAAGAUGCUGACAAAGCAGGCAGAAAUUGUGAGUAGGAGAUGUUUUCACACUGAGAACCAUAGAGUCAGAGAGGCCCAUUCCAAGGGCCCAGCCAAUGGAAAAAAAAGUAAUUUUCCUUCCCUUACUGGGAUUACUUCCUAAAGAAGUCGCCCAGAACACUACAGCACAGGUCCUUUCCCAAAAGUGAGUCACUGUACUUAAUUUUUUAGGCAUAGAUGCUCUAGGUCAUAAAUAAACCCAUAUUUUCAGAUACUGCUAGAGGUAAGGAUUGCCUGAGAUUGAAUAGUGCUGAUGUACACUUUCCCAUAACUAAUAUGUCUUAAGACUCUGUUUCCACUGUCUUUGCUAUACCUUCAAAUACAGGCCUAAAAUAUGCUUUUUUAUUAGUCGACACAAGAACCAACUCACACUGGUCCCUUUAGCCUUGUGCUUUCCUUCAUUCAAAACUGCUUUGCCAGCAAUUGAAGCCUUGUUAAGGGUUAAGCUUAUCUCUUUGAUUCACAGUUCAUUCCUCUACUUGUAAAUUCCUGCAUGUGGACAGCAGGCUAUAAACUCUCCAGAGCCAAUUCCUGAUUCGUUUCACCAUUAGCCACAUGUGUUUUUUAACAGUAUGUCAAGAAUUAGCAAUUGUCACCACCAGCCAGGCAGCUCUUGCUUGCAGUACAGGGCCUUAGCAAGCAGAUAUAAAGGCUGGUUACCCAAAAACUGAGUUCCAUCACUCAGAUGUCUACUAUUAGAGGUCAUCUAGAGCUGAGUUACACACAUCUAUCUUCUUCCUUCUUUCACAGUGUGUGUUACAGUGGCCUGGUUUGUGUACUGGGCCAUUGGAUGGAGCAGUGAUGUCAGGAAUGGCAGGUUCUGCAUUGUCCAGCAGAGUUUGGGACUCAUCUCCUGUGUCUUUAAGUCAUCCUGUCAUCCUUCUUCAGACUCUGACCUUGAAUGCAUAGAGUUAUUUGGCUGACUUGAGUGGCCUUUAUUCAUAUUGAUGACAGCCAUUACUUUAGGCAGAAAAGUGAAAAAACAAAGAUUAUGUGUGCAUGGCUAAACCAGGGCUAAAGUGCAGUGGCAUAAAAUCAAUAUGAAUAAUGACUGACCAAUGAGUACAUAGCAGUCUGUCAAUAAAAUAUUGAACUUUUGCUCUAUGUGGUGUUAAUUUUUGGUUUUCAUUUUCUUCUUUCAUGGCAGCUUUUGUUGCACUCUUGAGUUUGAUUAGUUUAUGUUUUUCAUCUUAUCCCAGCUGCUUCCUUUUCUAUUUACACAUCUCCCAUGGCUGACACAGGUUCUUGGUAAGGCUUAGAUUCCCAUAAAUAGAAAUAUGUUUCAUUGC